AUGGCAGAUAAAAUAGAAGAAAAAGCGCCAGCAAAAAGACCUGACCCAAAACCAGAGAAAAGGGAGGAUAAGAAGGAAGAAAAGCCAAAGCAGGAUAAACCAAAAAAAAUGCGUCUCAAAGUGAUAGAAGCCCGUCAGCUGCCAGGUGCCAACGUCAGCCCGACGUGUAGAGUCAGUUGCUACAACCAGAAGAAACAAACCAAAGUCAUCCAACUGUCCAACUCGCCCUUUUGGAAUGAACUCUUCUUCUUCAAUUUCAACGAUUCACCUGCUGAGCUCUUCGAUGAACUUUUGUUGUUUGAGGUUUAUGACUCGAAGAAAUUGAGAGCCGAUUCGUUUAUCGGUUCAUUCAAAAUUGAGGUGGGCAUGAUAUAUGACGAGCCGAACCAUUGUUUCGUCAACAAAUGGCUACUCCUCAGUGACCCGGAACAAGUCUCUGACGGUCACAAGGGCUACCUCAAAAUAUCUGUGGCUCUCUUGGGGCCCGGCGACGACCCACCCUCGUUUGAGUCCACGAAGUAUGGAAGUACAACUGGUGAUGAUGAUAUCGAGGCCAACCUCUUGAGACCAGCUGGACUAGUCCUGAGACCAGCCACCUUCAAAUUGAAACUAUUCUGUGCCGAGGAUUUACCAAGGAGAACCCUACACCUACUGACGUCUCAAAUAUCUCAAGUUGGGAAUGAGGCUAUAUGCAAGGACGCUCAAAUAGUUCUCAAUGCGGCCCUCACAGCAAAAAGUUUGCCCACCCCUGGUGUAAAGGUCAAAGCACCUGGCUACCUGCCGAUGUUUGGACCAUGCUUCGUUAACUUCUACGGCUCUCCAAGGGAAUUUUCCGACCUACCUACGGAAUUUGAUGAACUCAAUAGUGGAAAGGGUGUGGGUGUGGCCUAUAGAGGACGUGUGAUGAUCGAACUUCAAACAGUUCUGGGCGAGCUACCCCUUACCCCCAUUGAAGAUCUCACCAAUGAAGAUAUCAUGAAGGCCCAGAAAUUCAUGCGUAGACGAAAGUUCAAACUACACUCGACCUUUCUGGACGCCACGAUGAUCAGUAUAAACGACUCGCCAGUGGAGUUCGAGGUGAGUAUCGGCAACUACGGAAACAGGUUGGAUGAGUUCCUUCCGCCUUCGGUUUGCUCCACACAACCUACUAAUCCUGUUUUUGAUGGCUGCUUCUACUACUACCUGCCAUGGGCAGACGCAAAACCCUGCGUGGUCAUCGAAAGCCACUGGGAAGAUGAAUCUCAAAUGAAUAACAUCAGACUUGCACAGAAGGGCAAUGUUGGGCUUACCGAACUAGCGAUGAGUGUUAUUAAGAUACUUGACGAUAUCAUCUCGGAGUGCCAAAAGCCUCUACCGGAGCCGAAUCCAGAGUGUCAGACGAGCAAUAUUCUGGACCGAAAUUUAUCCGAAUACCGAAAAGCAGUUCUGGCGAAUAUUGUGAAGGAGGCAAAGAAGUUGCGGGAAGAAGCAACUGACAUUGACGAAUCGCUGAAUGAGCCUCAAAACAGCAUCCCGGAUGUAAUGAUUUGGAUGAUAACGGGCGAGAAGAGGAUAGCCUACUACCGCAUUCCGUCAAACCUCGUCAUCUGGUCUCCUAAUCCUGAUUACAGGGGGAAACAUUGUGGGCAUCUGACUACAUUCAUGCUACAGUACCCUGGUUCGAAAGCUGUAAAGGAGAACAGGUGGGAGGUUCCUGCCAUGAUCCGUGGCAGAAUUUGGUUGGGACUGGAGAAGGAUGAAAAGGAGUGGCACCAGAUGAGCAAAGAGGGCGAGCUGACUGUCUUUGCUGAAACGUACGAGAACCAAGUGAAUGUGCUAGGUAAGUGGACAAACAGAGGACCAACCAUGUCCAGGCCUAAGUGGACUGAUGUCACUGGAAAGAUUGAACUGAACAAGGAACAGUUCUACCCUCCACCAGGCUGGGUAUGGGACGAUGAUUGGUACAUCAAUCCGGAAUUGAGCAUGUUAUUUGAGAAAGAUGCAAACCACACGACAUUCAUGGAGGAUGUUUACGAAUGCCAGAGUAGGAUCGUUGGCGGAAACUGGAAACCAGCAGCCGUACCAUACUCGGAUGUGAAAGGUGACGCGUGUUCGGGCAUUAAGGAGAUUGAACUUCCGGCUGGGUGGGAAUGGCAGGACGACUGGCAGGUCGACCUCAACCGGGCCGUCGACGAGAAUGGCUGGGAAUACGCAGCUGACGUGACGCUGGGAGGUUACGGUCCAGUGGAGAAGAUGUUCCACAUGUGUAGGAGACGACGCUGGCUCCGAACGAGGAACCUCGUUAAGACACAGAGCAUGCAAGCCGAACAGGUUAAACAGAAGGAAAUGUUUGCAGAGGGCUGGGAGUACGCCCCUCUGUUCACGAUGACCUUCCAUCUGAAGGAACGAAAAAUGGACCUGGUACGAAGAAGGAGGUGGCACAGGAAAAUGGUCCCGGAAAGUAAAAAGGAAGCCAAUUCCGCCAUAUUCCAGUUCUCUACUGCACUGGAAGAAGAGAAAGAAGAGAUGGAGAAAGAUGAGGAUGAGGAGGGGGAUGGAGAUGGUGGUGAGAAAAAAAAGACCGAUGAAGACGCUAUAGCGAAGAGUGUAACAUCGGCUCCCAGAAUGUUCAUGUACGCCAAAAAGGGAUUCAGAUACCAGCUGAGAGCAUACAUCUACCAGGCCAGAGACCUCUUGGCUGGAGACUCAAACGGUUUGUCGGAUCCAUUUGCCAGGAUCAUAUUCCUCAGUCAGUCACAAUCGACUGAGAAGAUCAUGAAGACUCUUUGCCCUACAUGGGAUCAAACUCUCAUCUUUGAAUCCGUCAAGAUCUGGGGAGAUCCGAAGAACGUUUUUGAGUACCCGCCAGAUGUCAUCAUGGAGAUUUUUGAUUUUGAUACCUUUGGUAGCGCUCAGUAUUUGGGCAGGGCUUUUGGAAAGCCGGUGGUGAAGUUAGAUCCGACUGACACAAAACAGCCAGUCCUGCUGAAAUGGUACCCAGUUAAGAAGGGAGACCAAGAUGGAGGAGAGGUUCUGGCGGCAUUCGAGUUGUUGCUGAUUGACGGACCAAAAGAACCGCCAUUUCCGCCUCCAAAACGAGGAAAUUUCUACAUGGUCCCAAAUGGGAUUAGGCCCCAAAUGGCCAGGACUGCUGUCGAGGUAAUUCAUCAAAGUAUUCCUGUGGACAUCGGCGUACUGCUCUUAGCACGCCAAUUGUUUUCGCACGUGAUGUGCUGGGGUCUGAGAAACAUGAAAAAGUUCCAACUGUUGGAAGUUUCCUCACCCAACGUUGAGAUUGAAAUCAACGGCACCAUCUUGGAGUCAAAGGUCAUCAGAGACAUGUCGAAGAAUCCGAACUUUGACGAUCCAAUGCUAUUUUUUGACGUGAUGCUUCCGAAAGAAGAAUUGUACGCUCCUCCGAUAAACAUAAGGGUCAAGGACAACAGGGCUUUUGGUAGGAGACCUCUCGUCGGCAUCCACACCAUCACGUCCCUGGAACCGUACAGGUGUGACCCGGAUGACCUUGAAAAUGAUGAAGAUUCCGAUAAGAGCAAUCAGUUGGCUGGCAGUCUUUUCAACAACGCCGUUCAGAGGAAAGCUUCCGUGAUGAGUGUCAAGAGUAAAGAUAUGGUGCUGGCUAUAGAGGAGGAAGUUGAUGAAGACAUCGACUGGUGGUCCAAGUUCUAUGCGUCAGUCGGAGAGAUGGACAAAUGCAAGAAAUACGUCGAUCUUGGAUAUGAUAAGUUACAAGUGUAUGCCACAGAACUCGAAAAGGUUAAAGUUCACAGAGAGUUCAACGAUUUCUGUUCGACCUUCCCCUUGACUAGGGGCAAGGCCAUUGAUGACGAAGAGGGAACCGUGGCAGGAGAGUUCAAGGGCACAUUUUACGUCUACCCCCUCCCUGGAGAUCUCCAAGCCCCAAUGCCCCCCCGAAUUCUCAAAAACCUGCCAACCAGUGGGCCCGUGGAGUGCCUGGCUGAUCCAUACAUUCAAAUUAAAAUCGGCAAAACAAAAGUAGAGAACAACAACGAGUAUAUUCCAAACACACUCAAUCCUGUCUUUGGAAAGUAG